AUGGCGACAGACAGGGCGACAGAAUUCGCGUCGAUUAUUUUGAAAGAUUUGCAGCUACCGGAGAAAGCUUUGAAAGUGUUUGGAAGCCAGUUUUGUGUGGAGCGCAUCGUCGAAGUUUCACGGGACGAAAUUUCUUCGCUCUUUGCCGAGUCCUCCCCCGAUGAGGAAAAUAAAUUGCUGUGGAAUGUGGAAGAAAUUUUCCGCAGGAUAGCGGAGUGGCGACAAAAACAGGGAUACGAUUUGCUUUCCUUUGCAACGGUAGACGUCGAAAGCUUGUCACCAAAAAUUCAGCGGCCUAUAGUACAACCUGAUGACAAAGCACAGGAGCAGAAAACGUUCAAGAAUCAAAGGCAGGAAUCUUUAUCCUAUGAAAAAGCCCCGACAAGCGAUGAACAAGAGGUAGUCUCGAAGCCAAGUUGUUUCGAGAAAGAUUCGGGCAAGAUUUCCACGCAUCGGGCUUUGCCCUUAACGCCCGAGGUUCUCCUCCGUCUUCUGCGUGAAACAGAGGGUGGAUUGAAUAUAAUCAAGCGCAGCGCUUGUGGGUUGUUAUCUGCCGAGAGUAGAAAAGAAUUACUCGGCAUUAUUGUCGACUACCAUUUGAAGCUUGGAAUACGAACCGACGAAAGCGUCUUACAGGAUUAUACUGCUGCCAUUUUAGCGGCUUUGCCUUUCGAAAAAGCUAUAGAAAAACAAUACUUUAUACCCAGAGGCGGGAGAAAGAAAAACCCAGGUGGCCAGUUAUAUAACCUUAUUUCGAAUACAAGGCAAAAACGGGCUAAAAGAGCCAGAAUUGAAGACAUUCAUCAACAAAGUUUUGCAAACGUAGUUAUUGAUAUCAGCGAUGAUGAAGUAGAUAAAAUCGUUGAGGAUGCCCUUAUAUGGUUAAAGCAGUACUCAAAACCAUGGACUACCACCCUUGAUAAAUGGAAACAAUCGUUCCCAAAGCGAAAACCUCAGCUUUUAAAAUCAACCAACUUUUUGGAUGUGAUAAGAACAUUUCGUCAUUACAGCGACGAAUACGGGCAUCAGUUGGUUGAUAUAGAUUUCCGAUUACUGAGCAUUGGCAAUCCAUACGGUUUUCAAAAGUGGGAUGACCUUAUACUAUACCAGCUUUAACAAAUUAUCUCAAUAGGCCGUAUAGCGACGAGUUAUCGAAUCAUCUUUUGCAUCAUUUACGUUUGGAAACAUCUGAUUCGAAUGUCAAACUUUGCUCAAUUUUGCUGCUGUUGAACAAUGUUUUGAAACCAACAAAAGUAACCCGAGAUUUUAAGCCUACAAUUCUCUUCGCGCAAGAAGAUAUCAUACUGUUUGCUUCAACAGACGACGAUGUUAAACAGAAAAUAUCAGAAAAG